AUGUCUGAAGUUAUUGAAGGCGGCGUUGUGAUUGAGAGGUUGACUCCCGGUGACGGUAAAAGUUUCCCCAAAGCUGGCGACCUGGUGACGAUCCAUUACACAGGGACCCUAGAGAAUGGCACCAAGUUUGAUUCGUCCGUGGACAGGGGACAUCCGUUCCAGUGCAAUGUGGGUGUCGGGCAUGUGAUCAAGGGGUGGGAUGCAGCUAUCCCAAAGUUGUCUGUUGGCGAGAAGGCCAGGUUGAGAAUUCCGGGGCCGUAUGCGUACGGGUCACGUGGUUUCCCUGGGUUAAUUCCGCCUGAUGCGACGUUGAUUUUUGACGUUGAGUUGCUCAAGAUCAACUAG